GUCAAUAAACUGUCAAAGUAGGUAAUUUAUUUUCUUGUUUUCGCGUAAAAUUCGCAUUCGUUAUUUGCAAAUUGUAAUGCGUUUUGCAUGUUUGUUUACUGUGGAAUAAUUUUCUAUCGAUGUUGGCCACUUUGCGCAAUAAAUUGAAAUGGAGUUCUACAGGAUUAGAGGAGACCAGAAAUUUUCAAAAAUCGUAUAUUUUAAGUAUUUACAUUGGAUUACUUGAAGAUAUUUUACUGUGGAAAAAUAAGUGGCUUUCUUUGUCUUUUUUGAUACUUGUAAAUACUUUCAUAAUCGUUAGCGCACAUCAGGAAAUCACCUUUUUAGAAUUUUUCUUUUAUGCAUCAAUUACAUUAUUAAGUAUUGAUGCCUUGGAAAUUUGGUUGAAAUAUAAACAUAGAACUGCAUGUUUGAAAAGACUGGCAAAUCAUGAUGCCACAAAACUCAUCACAGUUAUAAAACAUUUCAAUGACUGGGCAGCCAAGAAGUGGUCUGAAUAUCUUUAUCUCAGAGAAAAAAAUCAUACCAAGGCAUUUUUAAUGGUCAACAUUUGUUUGGGAUUGUUGUUCAUUGUUGGAAAACACAUUAAUGGAUAUUUAUUGAUUCAUUUAAUCUGCAUGGCUAUUUGCUUAUUCUACAAACUAGCACCACCACUUUCAAAAUUACUUCAAAAAAUACAAGCAAAUGCAGAAUCCGAUGUUGAAUAUGAAGGCCUAAUUCCAGAAGUUACAGAGCUUGAUGUCAAUUUGUUGUCCUUAGACCCUGAACCUAAUCCAGUUGAUGAGCGUCAAAGUUUAGAUUACUGGAAGCCCCAUGAUUUAGCAAUAGACGAAGCAAGUGACAGCUCAGACAAUAGCAGCUCUCUUGUGACUAAUUUGUCUGUGGAUAAAAUGCAAUCUCUCGACAAAGAUAUGGAAACAUCAGAUUCUAGUGAAGACGAGUAUACCCCAAUAGAACAAAAAACGGGGCCAUUGCAAUCAACUUUAGAAAUUGUUAACCCAAAAGAUACUUGGAGCGGAAGUGCUUAUAAUGCCCUAUGGAAUCUAACAGAAGCUGUCACCAACAUGGUAUAUACUAAACCAGAAGAUAGUAAACGGAAACGAGUGUCAAGCAUAGAUUCGUCAGAUGGCUUUGAAAUGAUAGACCAAAACGAUCUUCUGUGAAUAAUAAUGUAUUAUCAUGAAACAUAAAAUGUAGAUAUUGGUGAUUAAUUAAAAUAACAUAGUAAUGUA